CACUUCUGGUAACCUUUUGUACUCUGUUUUUUAAUGAUUCCAAAGACACUGUCCUACUCCUGCCUUAUCAUCAACAAAAUGUACUCAGAAUUCGUCAGAGGAACAAUGAAAAACAUCCUCCUGACUUUCAAAGCAACUCUGACUCCAUGGAAAGCAAAGAUCCAGAUCCAAUAGACUACCUGACAGUGGUAACUGGUAUAUCAUCAAAUCAUUACAGUGAAUCCCUGGAUAUGAUUGGAACUGUGCACUAUUAUCUACCAAACUCAGAUCUACUGAUUUAUGAUCUUGGCCUCAAGCAUUAUCAAGUAAAAGUACUACAAAAGCUAAGGAACACAUAUGUCAUACUGUACAAUUAUUCACGUUAUCCUCAAUAUGAUAACAACGUGCCUGUUUUUAUGGGUUGCUAUACUUGGAAAGUUCACAUACUCCACGAAAUAAAAAGAGAGCACCAAGAACUACGCAGUAAAUGGAACAGUAGAUCCAACCAACUGUUUUUAUGGCUAGAUGCAAGUUCACGGAUUGUAAAGCCAAUGGACUCUUGCAUAAAGACUCUGAAAUCAUUUCCAUUGGUGUCCAGAGCAAAGCACUUACCAGAACACAACAUAGUAGCAUUUGCAAAGGACAGCACAUUAAGGUAUCUUAACAUAACAAGAGAAAGCAUGAGAGGUGUCCCAGGUUUAACAGCCAAUAUUCUGUUAUUGAACAAAAGUAACCCCAUAGCUCAGUUCCUUUUGGAGAAAUGGGUAGAUUGUGCAUUCCAUCGUGAAUGUAUCUGUGGUGAUGGUUUGCCGCCUUAUUUAUGUGGAUUGAUUGGAGGAAUACCAAAAGGAACAGUGGAAUAUAACGGCUGCCAUCGCUAUGACCAGACAGCAUUAAGUCUUCUGGUUGCUAAGUAUUUUGGUAAAAGCCAAGAAGUUACUUCGGAAGACUGCUCUAGCACUUUUCAUGUAGAGAGAAGACCGACAAUGAAUUGGAGACGAUACAUUACAUUAAAGAAACAUUAAAUGCAACACAGUUUAGAUCUACAUUCAAAAAAUUACCAGCAUAGUCUAGCACCACUACAAUCAACUUGUACACUAAUUAGGUUAAAUCAAUCAUAGGCCUCGCCUUCUAUAGACUGAUUAUGAAAUCAUGGCAGCCUUUACUCCCUGCACUUGUACUUUCCUUCAUUGUGCUGGUCAUUACGUUUCUUUAUCUUUAUGACUUCAAUGAAACUGUUCUCCUACUCCCUUACCACAAGAACAACUCACUAGCCAUCAGAAAGCUAAGAACUAGAGCUACUUCUGAUAGCCAACCAACGCCCACAGUAAUCACUGCCCUGGCAUCAAAUCAUUACAGUGAAUCCCUGGAUAUGAUUGGAACUGUGCACUAUUAUCUACCAAACUCAGAUCUGCUGAUUUAUGAUCUUGGUCUCAAGUAUCAUCAAGUAAAAGUACUACAAAAGCUAAGGAACACAUAUGUCAUACCGUACAAUUAUUCACGUUAUCAACAAUACAGUCAAGCAAGGAGAUAUUAUAGAUGUUAUUCAUGGAAAAUACACGUUAUUAAUGAAGUCCUCAGCUUCUCUUCUCAUUCGCAGCAAUUAUUCCUGUGGCUUGAUGCUAGCAUUAGGAUCGUAAAACCAGUAGAUCCUUGCAUAAAGAAACUCAAAUCCUUUCCACUUGUUGCUGGUGAAAAACACAUACCAGGCCACAAUAUGAUAGCAUUUGCAAAAGACAGCACUGUGAAGUAUCUUGAUAUUAAAAGAGAGAGCAUGAGAGGGAUGGUCGGUUUUUGUAGUGGAAUAUUAUUCUUUAACAGAAGCAGCCCAAUUAUUCAGCUCCUCUUAAGAAAAUGGGUCGACUGUGCAAUGCACCAACAAUGUAUCUGUGGUGAUGGUCCUUCACCAGUUGGCUGUGUAUGGGAGGACAAAGGAGGAUGGAUUGCUUAUAAUGGCUGUCAUAGGUUUGAUCAGGUCACACUCAACAUUUUGGUUGCUAAAUAUUUUGAUCAGUACAAAUACUCAAUUACAUCAUGGGACUGUUCUGAAUCUUUUCAUAUUCAAAGAAGACCAACAAUGAAUUGGAGACGCUACAUUGCACUGAAGAAUGACUACAGAUAAUAAUAAAGUAUUAUAGAACGUAUUGUUUUCUUGUGGCCAUGCAGUGGUUGUGCAGUAAAUUUAAUACAAUUACUGUACAGUUAUGUGAAAUAUAUAACUUGGUUUGCAGAGUGAUUUUGACAGCAUCUUCAUAUAUAGUUACUUUGAUCUUGCA